AGUGUGUGUGUAUGAGCGCGCCUGCCUGCCUUCCUGCUAGCCUGCCUGACUGUGUGUGUGUGUGUGAGAGGGAGAGUCAGUAAGCGUGUGGAUACUACUCCACCAGACUGCAUGUCUCUGGCGUCACUAGGGGAGCAGCACACACAUUACAGAGAGUAGGGCUGAACCAGAGUUCUGACAGAACUGCAGGCCAGGAGGACACCAGGACAGUGUGCGGCGGAGUGAGCAGACAAGACAGACAGACUACACAAGGCCUAGCUCAGAAGACCCACCAUGGCGUCCAACAACACAGCAAGCAUCGCCCAGGCCAGGAAACUGGUAGAGCAGCUGAAGAUGGAGGCCAACAUCGACAGGAUAAAGGUGUCCAAAGCAGCAGCAGACUUAAUGUCCUACUGCGAAGCCCAUGCCAAAGAGGACCCACUCCUGUCGCCGGUGCCCGCAUCCGAAAACCCUUUUAGGGAGAAGAAGUUCUUCUGUGCCAUCCUGUAAACAGGAUGUGGUUUAUUUGGUCUGCUCAUCUUGGGACAUGAACGAGGACGUUCAAUACGUAGACAUCUUCUAACAGGAGGGCUUGGUGAAGUACUAGUGCCCCUUUCUCUACAAUGGCACCUAAAGAGUGCAAUUAAAAACCACAGAGUAACACGUAACCAUUUACAGCGGUUAAGGGGUGUGCAGCAUGUUUGAUGGGUUCAUCUGUGUAGUCAGAUUACAACAGAAGAUAAGUGUGGUUAUCCACCCAAAAACAUGAUGGACAACCAAUCAACCAAGUCUUCAGGUUGUGUU